CCUGGCUCUUCGGCCGGGGCGGAGGAGCUCCCGGCGGCUGAGCGUGCCAGCCCCGCCGGGAUCGUGACCCGUGGGCGCGGGAACCAGGCGGCGGAGGAGCCAGGAAGGUGGUCAGUGGAAAGUCUGGCCUGGGUCCUGAGAACAGCUGGGAGGAAAUGUGGCCGCUGUUAGUCCUAUUGAGCGUCCUUCUGGGGACACCAGCCUUGUUCCUUGAGGCCUCUGAGGAAAUGGAGCUGGAGCCCUGCCUAACCCUGACCCUGGACCAGCAGGAGCAGGUGCUGACUGUGGCCCUGGGGCAGCCUGUUCGGCAGUGCUGCAGGCGGAAUGAGCGUGGUGGUCAUUGGUACAAGGAGGGCAGACGUCUAGCAUCUGCUGGACGAGUACGGGGCUGGAGGGGCCGCCUGGAGAUCGCCAGCUUCCUCCCUGAGGAUGCCGGCCAAUACCUCUGCCUGGCACGCGGUUCCAUGACUGUCUUACACAAUCUUACCUUGAUUAUGAAUGAUUCCUUAACCUCCAUCAAUAACGAUGAGGACCCUAAGACCCUCAACGGCUCCUCAAGUGUGCAUGUUUACCCCCAGCAAGCACCCUACUGGACACACCCCCAACGCAUGGAGAAGAAACUGCAUGCAGUGCCUGCUGGGAACACUGUCAAAUUCCGCUGUCCAGCUGCAGGCAACCCCAUGCCCACUAUCCACUGGCUCAAGGAUGGACAGGUCUUCCAUGGGGAGAAUCGCAUUGGAGGCAUUCGGCUGCGCCACCAACACUGGAGCCUGGUGAUGGAAAGUGUGGUGCCCUCAGACCGUGGCACAUACACAUGCCUUGUGGAGAACUCUCUGGGCAGCAUCCGCUUCAACUAUCUGUUGGACGUGCUGGAGCGGUCCCCGCACCGGCCCAUCCUGCAGGCGGGGCUCCCAGCCAACACCACAGCUGUGGUUGGCAGCAAUGUGGAGCUGCUGUGCAAGGUGUAUAGCGACGCCCAGCCCCACAUCCAGUGGUUGAAGCACAUCGUUAUCAACGGCAGCAGCUUCGGCGCUGAUGGCUUCCCCUACGUACAAGUCCUAAAGACAACAGACAUCAAUAGCUCAGAGGUAGAGGUCCUGUACCUGAGGAAUGUGUCAGCUGAGGAUGCAGGAGAGUACACCUGCCUGGCAGGCAACUCUAUCGGCCUUUCCUACCAGUCAGCAUGGCUCACGGUGCUACCAGAGGAGGACCCCACGUGGACAACAGCAACAUCUGAGGCCAGAUACACAGACAUCAUCCUGUACGUAUCAGGCUCCCUGGCUUUGGCUGUGCUCCUGCUGCUGGCUGGGGUGUAUCACCGACAAGCAACUCACAGCCACCACUCCCGCCAGCCUGUCACCGUACAAAAGUUGUCCCGUUUCCCUUUGGCCCGACAGUUCUCUUUGGAGUCGGGGUCCUCUGGCAAAUCAAGCUUGUCCCUGGUGCGGGGUGUCCGGCUGUCCUCCAGCGGCCCUCCCUUGCUCACGGGCCUUGUGAGCCUAGACCUACCUCUGGACCCACUUUGGGAGUUCUCCCGGGACAGGCUGGUGCUCGGAAAGCCCCUGGGUGAGGGCUGCUUCGGGCAAGUGGUUCGUGCGGAAGCCUUCGGCAUGGACCCCUCCCAGCCCGACCAAACCAGCACUGUGGCGGUGAAGAUGCUGAAAGACAAUGCCUCCGACAAGGAUUUGGCAGACCUGGUAUCUGAGAUGGAGGUGAUGAAGCUAAUUGGACGACAUAAGAACAUCAUCAACCUGCUGGGUGUCUGCACGCAGGAAGGGCCCCUGUAUGUGAUUGUGGAAUGUGCUGCCAAGGGAAACCUUCGGGAAUUCCUCCGUGCCCGGCGCCCCCCAGGCCCUGACCUCAGCCCCGAUGGGCCUCGGAGCAGUGAUGGGCCACUCUCCUUCCCGGCCCUGGUCUCCUGUGCCUACCAGGUGGCCCGAGGCAUGCAGUAUCUGGAGUCUCGGAAGUGCAUCCACCGAGAUCUGGCUGCCCGAAAUGUGCUGGUGACAGAGGACGAUGUGAUGAAGAUUGCUGACUUCGGGCUGGCCCGCGGUGUCCACCAUAUUGACUACUAUAAGAAAACCAGCAAUGGCCGCCUGCCAGUCAAGUGGAUGGCUCCUGAGGCCUUGUUUGACCGUGUAUACACACACCAGAGUGAUGUGUGGUCCUUUGGGAUCCUGCUGUGGGAAAUCUUCACCCUUGGGGGCUCCCCAUACCCUGGCAUCCCAGUGGAAGAACUGUUCUCACUGCUGCGAGAGGGACACAGGAUGGACCGGCCCCCGACCUGCCCCCCCAGAGUGUACGGGCUAAUGAGGGAGUGCUGGCAUGCAGCGCCCUCUCAGAGGCCCACCUUUAAGCAGCUGGUGGAGGCACUAGACAAGGUCCUGCUGGCUGUCUCUGAAGAGUACCUUGACCUCCGCCUGACCUUUGGACCCUACUCUCCCUCCAGUGGGGAUGCCAGCAGCACCUGCUCCUCCAGUGACUCUGUUUUCAGCCACGACCCUUUGCCACUGGAGCCAAGCCCCUUCCCUUUCCCUGGGGUGCAGACGUGAGCAUUGGAGCAAGGUUGUACGGGCUGGUAGGUCAGUGGCCGCGGGCCUCCUAGCUCAGCUGCAACCUGACCAAACA